AUGAGGAAUCCUUGUGAACGUGCACAAAAUAAAUUUUUAAUUAUUGAAUUGUGUGAGAUUAUACAGCUCAAUUCUUUUGAAAUUGCCAAUUUUGAAUUAUUCUCUUCAAAUCCAAAAGAUUUCCGUUUAUGGGGAAGUGAAAGAUAUCCGACACAAGAAUGGAUUUUAAUUGGGGAUUUUGAGGCACAAAAUAUUAGAAAGUUGCAGUCUUUUGAUGUUAAACAACAAAAUACUUUGUAUAUUAGAUUUGUUAAGUUAGAAUUAUUAACACAUUAUGGAAAUGAACAUUUUUGUACUUUAAGUACAUUUGUAGUCUAUGGAACUUCAAUAAUUGAAGAAUAUGAAGCUGAAGUUGCUAGUAGUAGCACAAUACAGCAACAACAAUUUACUCCACAAAUCGAUGAAAAUUUAAAUAAAAAGGAGGAAAUAAAUAGUUCAAAUGUUACUACAAUUAAUGAAACAAUAAAAGAAUGUAGCAAGAUACAAGAAGAAAAUGAGCAAAAAAUAAUACCCAAAAAUGGCCUUAAAAAGGAGGAAGAAAGCAAUUUUACAGCAAAAAAUGUUACAAACGAAGCGAAUAAGGAAGAAAAAUUGGAAAAAGAAGAAGCGACGGGAGGUGGAAAUAUGUUAAAAACAAUUGUAGAACAAUUAGGAUCAAAUAUUAAAAAUGUAAUUGGACAAGCAUUUUCUAAAAAUAAUAAUGGAAAUGAGGAAGAGGAGAAGAAUAAAAAGGAUGUUUUUAAUAGAAGAAAAAAUGUUUUGAGGUAUACCUUCACUUCUUGCCAACAAUGCUUUUCAACAAAACAUGCUUCAACCUUAAAUUAUUUAACUCUAUUUUGUUGGGCAUUUUUUCCAAAUAUUUAUAGAAUUAUAAAACAUAAACAACAAUAUUUGUUUGAUUCAACAAAAAAAUUUAUUGGGGCAAAUAAAUUUCAAAAUUAUUUUCUUGACAAAGUUUUGCGUCGUCAAACAUCGUCUUUUUGCCCUCUGCCUUCUUUGCCUUUAACUUGCAGCAACAGAAAAAGUGAAACAAACAAUGUUGGGCAGCAAAAACAACAACAAAACAAACAACAAUUAAAUUCUAAUGUUGUGGAGAAUGUUGUUGAGAAUGUUGGAAAUGUUAAAUUGCAACAACAACAACAACAACAAAAAGUCACGCCCACUCUUGUUGAUGAGAAAGUCAGUCGACCAUUGCCUGGAACUAGCACCAACAGCAAAGAAUCAAUAUUUAUGAAAUUAAAUAAGCGAAUAUCACUUCUAGAACAAAAUUUUUCUAUAACUACUGAACAUUUAACUGAGCUAAAUAAAAAGGCGACGAAAACUGAUGAAUUUGUAGCAAAACAAGAGAAAAUAACUAGAACAACAGCUGAAACUGUUGCUAAACAUGAACAAAAGAUUAAUGAACUUCAAAAAGAAUUGCGUCGUCUUUCCCAGCAACUUCAAGCUGUCGCUACCUCAAUUCAGCCUACUACAAUUAGACCCGAUGGAAAUGGGUUUUAUCCACCUCCCCCUUUAUCACAUUAUCAACGCUAUAUGAACAAUGAAAAACAACAAAAUCAAUGCAAUGGGAAAACCUGUAUGAGUGAUUUUAGAAGAAGUUCUUCUUAUAUUUCUCCUUCAACAUAUUAUUCUCAAUUACGUAAUGCUAUUGGUUAUGGAAGGGACGAGGAUGUUAAUGUGAGGCAAGAAGGGUUGUGGACGACAAAUGAAGUAAUCGUCUUAGUUAUUAUUGUUCAGAUUUCCAGUCUAAUUUUGUUAAAAAUAAUUCAUUCAAUAAUUAAUUGUUUAAACAACAUUAGAAGACACCGGUAA